GGAAGUCUUCACCCUCGCUGGCGGAACUCGGGGGACAUGCGUUCAGAUACACAGUCAGUAUUCAGUGGAACUUAAGGGAAUAACAUUAUGGUGGAGCACUAUACUGUAACUCAGGUGACAGCAUUGUUUUAAAGGUUUUAGAUAUGCACUGAAUGCGAACAUCCUUCAGUUGUGUUGGAGCAGAGAUGUGUGCAGCAGCAGAGAAGGAUCUGUAUGCUGUCCUGGAAGCCAGCUCCUCAGACUCAGCCCAGCAGCUCAAACACAAGUACCAUCAGCUGGCCUUACAGUACCACCCAGACCGUCUUGGAGAUGAGAAUUCUUCAGAAGCAGAGUCUGCUGAGAAGAAAUUUCUAGAAAUUGAUGCAGCAUGGAGGAUCCUUAGAGACAGGAACACCAGGAGACAGUAUGACCUACAGCGGAGGGCAUUGGAACUGAAACAGGAUUGGCCAGUAGAUUCUACAGUCCAUCUUGAGGACAUGACUUGGGACCAGGAUGAGUGCAUGUAUACGUACAGCUGUCGCUGUGGAGGAGGCUUCAGCGUCUCAGAGGACGAGGUGGAGGAGGAAACGCAGAGGAGGCAGCCGGAAGAUAAAGAGGAGGAAAUGGAGGAAGAAGGGCACAGGGGAGUGAUUGUUUGCUGUGAUACAUGUUCCCUCAGUGUGUAUGUCACAUGGUCAUUGGAGACACUCAAAUGUUAAAAUGCCAAUAAUGAUAAUAAUACAUGUUCAGAAACCUUUCACACUGCUGAGGCAGCCAUCUGGUUGGUUGGUAGAAGUGGACAGUAUGAGAGUAAGUUAAUUUAUUUAUAUAGUACAUUUAAAAGGAGAUGUCACAAAGUACUUCACAGUAAAAGCAAAAGAGAUGAAAUGCAGAAAUCGAGCUAAAAACAUAAAAAGAAUAAGAUUAAAUAAAAGCAAGUCUAAAGAAAUAUGUCUUGAGCUGCAUUUUAAAGCAGGUGUCCACAGAGCUUCAAUGGGAGAGAGUCACAUAGUUUAGGAGCUGUAACCUCAGCAGUACAUUUUCCUAUUGUGCUGAGCACUGGGUAACGAUUCCUACUGAUGAUGUUGGGCUGUAGUAGGUCUUUAAUGUAGGAAGGUACCUGACAAUGCAAGGCUCACAAAAAAAACACCCACACAAGAAUCAUGAACAAGAUUCUUGCAGGACUUGGUCAAAGUGUUGGCAGUGACAUUUUGGACCUCUUGUAAAUAGUUCAGCAGAUGAAAAGAGGAUUGCAGUAGUAAAGACUGGAGGAAAUACACCAGUCAGCUAUAACAUUAUGAAAACUGACAGAUGAAGUGAAUAACAUUGAUUAUCUUGUUACAAUGGCACCUAGCAGCAAGUGAAUAUUUUGUCAUUGAAGUUGAUUUGUUGGAAACUGAAAAACAGACAAGCAUAAGGAUUUGAGUGACUCUGACAAGGGCCACAUUGUGAUGAUUAGAUGCCUGGGUCAGAGCAUCUCCAAAACUGCAGCUCUUUGAAGAUGUUCCCAAUCUGCAGUAGUCAGGACCUACCAAAAAUGGACCAAGGAAAGAAAACUGUGAAUCGGCCAUGGGGUCAUUGUCGGCUAAUGCUCACUGAUGCAUGUGGGGAGUGAAGGAUGGCCUGCCUUGUCUAAUCCAAUAGAAGAGCUAUUGUAGCUCAGAUUGAUAGUUAGUUAAUGCUGGUUCUGACAGAAAAGUGUCAGAACACACACUCUGUGCAUUGCAGUUUGUUGCAUAUGGGGCUCCAUAGCCCCAGAACAGUCAGGGUGCCCAUGCUGAGCCGUGUCCAUCACCAAAAGCUCCUGCAAUGGGUCUGUGGGCAUCAGAACUGGACCACGGAGCAAUGGAAGAAGGUGUCCUGGUCUGAUCAAUCACGUUUUCCAUUGUGUGGAUGGCUAGAUGUGUGUGCAUCGUCCGGGGAAGACAUGGCACUGGGAAGCAUUAUGGGAAGAAGGAAAGCCGGCUUUGGGCAAUGUUCUGCUGGGAAACAUUGCCAUUCAUGUGGAUGUUACUUUGACAUAUAUCACCUACCUCAGCAUCGUUUCUGUCCAAGUGCACCCCUUCAUGGAAACGGAAUUCCCUAAUGACAGUGGCCUCUGUCAGCAGAAUGAUUUGCCCUGCUACUCUGGAAAAAUCAUUCAAGAAUAGUUUGAGAAACACGACAGCGAGUUCAAGGUAUUCACUUGGCCUCCAAAUUCUCCAGAUGUCAGUCCAAUUGAGCAUCUGUGGGAUGUGCUGGGAAAACAAGUCCAAUCCAUGGAGGUCCCACCUUGUAAUUAACAGGACUUAAGAAUCUGCUACGGAGAGCUUGGCAGCAGAUACCACCUCGUACUUUCAGAGGUCCAGUGGAGUCCAUGUCUCAACGGGUAAGGGCUGGUUUGGGGGGGCCUACUCAAUCAAUAUUAGGUGGGUCUUCAUAAUGUUAGGGCUGAUUGGUGUAAACGUUAAUAAUCAUCUAAAUCUCAGCUGGGGACACAGUGAGCCUGAGAUAAGAAUGUUCCUCAACUGGUGAAAACUGGAGCAAACAAAAUAAUGGUCAAGGUGGUCCCUUUGAACAAGAGAUCUCUCAGAAUCUCAAGAUUUCUGUUACGGGACCCACAAAGUGGGGCCCCAAAGAACCAAUGAAAUGGUUCUUGGCAAACUCACUGAGAAGAGACUGUGUAUGUAUGAAGCAGUUUGUAUGUUGAAAAGAGGUGUUUGAAGGUAAAUGUUGCUUUGCCAUUCUUCUCUUGUAAAUAAUGGCUUAUUAGUAGUGAUGGAUGCUAACACCACAUCUCUGACCAGGGACCUUCAGACAUUUGCUAAUUAACCCAGUUGAACAUAACCCAGUCAUUUCUCAUCCAGCUAAUUUGGUUCCUUGACUUCAUUGACUAAAUAACACCCUCACUUUGAAGUUUGAAAGCGUUCAUAUGAUUGGCUGGAUGGUUCUACUAUACUUCAAGUGCUUGAAAUACCAAAGCGAAUUGAAUUGUGUUAUCUUGUAAGUGUUCUCAUAUUUUGUUGUGCUAUAUGUAAAGUAUAGAUGUUUAAGCAUAAUUUUAAAUAUUAGUUUGUGAUAAUUACUCCAGAAAUUUCACUUACUGGUGCCUUUAAUGAAAAGAGUGAUACACAUCUGAAAAAUUUGUUUAUGUGUUUUCUUCAGUUUAUGGAAAUUGAAAAAAAAAAAUAAAACAUGAAAAGGAGCUCACCAGAACCAAA